AUGGAUUCCAUCAGUAACUUCGUUUCUGAUAUUGCUCACCGCGUCCAAGACCUCGUCUCCGGCGAGGACCACGAGCAGCACGUCAAGAACGUCGCUGUCUACGGCAGCAAGGGCGACGAGGACGAUGGUCCCAACGCCCUUCUUGAACAGGAGGAUGAGGUCGAGGAUGCUGCCAUUGAGGCCACCAGGCAAGAGUACGCCAGCAUCAAGCCCUCUGCCCAGUUCAAGGCCGGUCCCGUUCUCCGCUAUCAGGAUAUCAAUGUUGAGCAGCGUCGCUGGGUUGGUUCUGCCUUGAUUGUCACCGACCGCCGCGACCCCCCUCGUUUGGUCAUCCGUGACCCCACCAAGAGAGAGGUCGGUUACUCCCGUGCCCGUCUCCUCGACACGUGGGAGGGCAACCAUUUCUACCGCUACGACAUUCAGUUGACACUUUUGAACCACCGUGUGAAGAACAUCACCUACUGGUUCGAGACCGAGGAUGGCCGCCGUACCGAUACCCCCCAGACCUGGAACUUCUUCGUUCCUGCCCUGGAUGAGGCCCACAACUGGGCCUUCUACUCCUGCAACGGCUUCACCUCGGAUGUCGAGGACCCCGAGACCAACUUCCACGGUGCCAACCCUCUCUGGGACGAUCUCCUGUCUGCCCACGACGCCCAGCCCUUCCACACCAUGGUCGGAGGAGGAGACCAGAUCUACAACGACGAUGUCCUCGCCACCCCUGAGAUGAUCGAGUGGUUGGCCAUGGACGAGGAGGAGAGAAUCGCCACCGAGUUUGACGCACAAAAGCGCUAUGCUGUUGAGAAGUACUACUUUGACCACUACGUCCAGCACUUCACCACCGGCACCUACUCCCAGGCCCUGUCUUUGAUUCCCUCCGUCAACUCCUGGGAUGACCACGAUAUCUUGGACGGAUACGGCUCUUACCCUCCCAAGUACCAGCUUUCCGAUGUCAUGCAGGGUAUCGGUGCUGCCGCCUCCCGUUUCUACCUCCUCUUCCAGCAGCACGCCAACCGUAAGACCACUCGCCAGGCUGGCCUCACGACCUCUUCUUCUGGCAAGGGCUGGAACUGCAUUACUCACUUCGGUAAGCGCACCCUGGUCGUCCUCCCCGAUACCCGCUCUGAGCGCUCCAAGGAGACGAUUCUCUCGGAAGAGACCUACAGGCUCUUGGACGAGCAGAUCCGCUCCAACCUCUUGCCCACCACCAAGCACUUGGUCAUUGUCUUGGGUACCCCUCUCGUCUACCCAGCUCUGACCUUGUUCGAAGAUACCCUUGAAAAAAUGGGUGACACCCUCUCCCGCCAGGGUGUCGUCGGCAAGAUUUUUGGAAAGUGCAAGGCCUUUGAAAACGUCUUGGGACAGUUCGGACCUGAGUUGCUGGAUGACUUGGUCGACUCGUGGGCUUGCAACAUUCACACCGAGGAAAAGAGAAAAUUUGUCGAGCUCUUGCAGUCGAUCUCUACCCAGCGUGGUGUCCGUACCACCUUCGUCGGUGGUGAUGUCCAUGUUGGAGGUGCCGGUCGCCUCUUUGCCACCAAUUCCACCGACCGUCUCCGCGAUCCCUUGCACAUGACCCAGAUUGUCUCCUCUGCCAUCGUCAACGGACCCCCACCCGGCGCUGUCAUCAAGGCCCUCCACAAGUCGGCCAAGACUUACCCCUUGAACGACCACACUUCCGAGGAGAUGAUCGAUAUCUUCCACCAGGACGUCAACGGCGAGGAUUUGGAACACAAAAUGUUGCUCAACCGUCGCAACUGGUGUGAGGUCCGGGAACUCUCUGGUCUUGAACUCGAGUUCACCAUCCGUGUCGAGAACGAGGAUCAUGUCGGUACCCGCAAGUACCCCAUCCUUGUUGAUCGCUUGGAGGUCCCUGCUCGCGAGUACUAA